GAGAACCUGCCUCGCUGACAACAGCGGCUGGUUGAUGGCGGUUGUCGGGCGGCCGCGGCCCCGCCGGCUCGGGGCGCUGGGCGGGCCGCGCUGCACCUAAGGAGGCGCCGCGUCUCUGCGCCAUGGGCAGGCGGAGCAGCGGCGGGCGGCUACCCUGAGGCGGCGGCGGCGGCAUCGAGCGGCACUUUCGAGGGGGAACCCCGCUCCGGGACCUGCAAGGCCGGGGGGAUGUUACGGUGGAUCCGCCAGCAGCUGGGUUUUGACCCACCACAUCAAAGUGAUACACGAACUAUUUACAUAGCAAAUCGUUUCCCCCAGAAUGGCCAUUAUGUUCCUCAGAAAUUUGCAGACAACAGAAUCAUAUCAUCUAAGUAUACGGUGUGGAAUUUUAUUCCGAAAAAUUUAUUUGAGCAGUUCAGAAGAAUAGCCAAUUUUUAUUUUCUUAUUAUAUUUUUGGUUCAGCUUAUGAUAGAUACACCUACCAGUCCUAUUACAAGCGGAUUGCCAUUAUUCUUUGUCAUAACUGUAACAGCCAUAAAACAGGGUUAUGAAGACUGGUUACGACAUAAAGCAGACAAUGAAGUAAAUGGAGCUCCAGUUUAUGUUGUUCGAAGUGGUGGCCUUGUAAAAACUAGAUCAAAAAACAUUAGGGUGGGUGAUAUUGUCAGAGUAGCCAAAGAUGAGACUUUCCCUGUUGACCUUGUACUUCUGUCCUCCGAUAGAGUGGAUGGUUCGUGUCAUGUUACUACUGCUAGCUUGGAUGGAGAAACUAAUCUUAAGACUCAUGUUGCAGUCCCAGAAACAGCAGUAUUACAGUCAGUUGCCAACCUGGACACACUCGUAGCUGUUGUAGAAUGUCAACAGCCAGAAGCAGACCUAUACAGAUUUGUUGGAAGAAUAACUAUAAGUCAUCAAAUUGAGGAAAUUGUACGACCUCUUGGGCCUGAAAGUCUUUUACUUCGAGGAGCAAGAUUAAAAAACGCAAAAGAAAUUUUUGGUGUUGCUGUGUAUACGGGUAUGGAGACAAAGAUGGCAUUAAAUUACAAGAGUAAAUCUCAGAAACGAUCAGCAGUAGAAAAGUCUAUGAACUCAUUUUUGAUUAUCUAUCUAAUAAUCCUCCUUUUUGAAGCAGUCCUGAGUACAAUCUUAAAAUAUGCCUGGCAAGCUGAAGAAAAAUGGGAUGAACCUUGGUAUGACCAGAAAACUGAACAUGAAAGAAACAGCAGUAAGAUUCUGAGAUUUAUUUCAGAUUUUCUUGCUUUUCUGGUACUUUACAAUUUUAUCAUCCCUAUUUCACUUUAUGUGACUGUUGAGAUGCAGAAAUUUCUUGGAUCUUUUUUUAUUGGCUGGGAUCUUGACCUCUAUCAUGAAGAAACAAACCAGAGAGCACAAGUAAAUACUUCAGAUCUCAAUGAGGAGUUGGGACAGGUGGAGUAUGUGUUUACAGAUAAAACUGGUACAUUAACUGAAAAUGAAAUGCAGUUUCGGGAAUGCUCUAUUAAUGGCAUCAAAUACCAAGAGAUCAAUGGCAAACUAGUUCCAGAGGGGUUGACUGAGGAUUCCCCAGAUGGAAUUAGACAGAGUCUUAUGAAAGAGGAAGAGCUCUUUUUGAAAGCAGUCUGUCUGUGUCACACAGUGCAUAUCAGUGCAGAUCAAACCGAUGGCAUUGGUGAUGGGCUCUGGCAUGCCAAUGGAAUAGUGUCUCAGCUGGAGUACUAUGCUUCCUCACCAGAUGAGAAGGCUUUAGUUGAAGCUGCUAGCAGAGUUGGUGUUGUAUUUACGGGAACUAAUGGGGAAGGUAUGGAAGUGAAAAGCCUUGGAAAACCAGAAAGGUAUAAAUUACUUCAUGUUUUGGAGUUUGAUCCAAAUCGUAGACGAAUGAGUGUCAUUGUAGAGAGUCCUUCUGGAGAAAAGCUCUUAUUCACAAAAGGAGCAGAAUCUUCCAUUCUUCCUCACAGUAGAGGUGGAGAAAUAGACAAAACAAGGAUUCACGUAGAUGAAUUUGCUUUGAAAGGGUUAAGAACUUUAUGUGUAGCCUAUAGAAGAUUCACAGCUGAGGAGUAUCAGGAAAUAGACAGACGCCUUCAUGAGGCUAGAACUGCCUUACAGCAACGAGAAGAAGGACUGGCACGUGUAUUCAACUUCAUAGAAAAGGAUCUGGAAUUACUUGGGGCUACAGGAGUAGAGGACAAACUCCAAGAUAAAGUCCAAGAAACUAUCGAGGCACUCAGAUUGGCUGGUAUCAAAGUGUGGGUGCUUACUGGAGAUAAGCAUGAAACAGCUGUUAGUGUCAGUUUAUCAUGUGGACACUUCCAUAGAACCAUGAACAUCCUUGAACUUGUACAACACAAAUCAGACAGUACAUGUGCAGAGCAGCUGACGCAGCUAGCCAGGAGAAUAAAGGAGGAUCAUGUAAUCCAGCAUGGGCUGGUUGUGGAUGGGACCAGCCUCUCUCUUGCACUCAGGGAACAUGAAAAACUGUUCAUGGACGUUUGUAGAAAUUGUUCUGCAGUGCUGUGUUGCCGCAUGGCACCCCUGCAAAAAGCAAAAGUAGUACGACUGUUAAAAACAUCUCCAGAGAAACCUAUAACAUUAGCCAUUGGUGAUGGGGCUAAUGAUGUAAGCAUGAUACAAGAAGCACAUGUUGGCAUAGGAAUCAUGGGGAAAGAAGGAAGACAAGCUGUAAGAAACAGUGACUAUGCAAUAGCAAGGUUUAAAUUCCUCUCCAAGUUGCUUCUUGUUCAUGGCCACUUUUACUAUAUUAGGAUAGCAACCCUUGUACAGUACUUUUUUUAUAAGAAUGUAUGCUUUAUUACACCACAAUUUUUAUAUCAGUUCUUUUGUUUGUUUUCACAACAAACGCUUUAUGACAGUGUGUACCUGACUUUAUACAACAUUAGUUUCACUUCUUUGCCUGUUCUGAUGUACAGUCUUUUUGAACAGCAUGUUCACCCUCAUGUGUUACAGAGCAAGCCAACACUCUAUAGAGACAUUAGGAAAAAUGCACUCUUGGGAUUUAAACCGUUUCUUUACUGGACCAUUUUGGGGUUCUCUCAUGCAUUUGUUUUCUUCUACGGCUCGUAUCUUCUGAUGGGAGAAGACACUUCUCUGCUGGGAAAUGGCCAGAUGUUUGGAAACUGGACUUUCGGUACUUUGGUCUUUACUGUUAUGGUUAUAACUGUUACAGUGAAGAUGGCUUUAGAGACUCAUUUCUGGACUUGGAUAAAUCAUUUUGUUACCUGGGGCUCCAUUGUAUUUUAUUUUCUAUUUUCCUUGUUUUAUGGGGGAAUUAUCUGGCCAUUUUUGCAUACGCAGGACAUGUACUUUGUAUUUGUUCAGUUGCUGUCAAGUGGUUCCGCUUGGUUUGCCAUAAUCGUCAUAGUUGUCACUUGUUUGUUUGUUGAUGUUGUGAAGAAAGUGCUGUGCAGACAUCUACAACCAACAAAUACUGAAAAAGCUCAGCUUACUGAGACAGGCUCAGGUAUCAACUGCUUGGACUCCAUGUGCUGCUUCUCAGAUGGGGAAACAGCAUGCGCAUCUGUUAGAAGAAUGUUGGAACGACUAAUGGGAAGAUGUAGUCCAACCCGGGUCAACAGGUGUGGAAUUUCUCUCAAUAGCCUUUGCUGCAGACGAUUCUCCUAUAAACUGGAACCUGAUGAGCCUGCAGCUAUAGAUGUCUAGCAAACCAGUUGCAGGUUUUGCGUAAUUAACAGGAAAUGCUGUUCUUUAUAGUGCUUUUUGAUCCUAAAAGAUCCAUUUCUUGCUUACUGGGAGUGCUUUUGUUGGAAAAAGGAAGAAAACAGUUUUUCAAGAAACAGAACUCUUCAAACUUUGUUUGGUCUUUCUAGUAUGAGAUCUUGUGUUGUGUGUAUAUAUGGUAUUUUCUCUGGGUUUGUACAUCCUUCUGUUUAGAAAAACAAACCUCACUGUGCUGAUUGUUUUCCUGAUCCAGCUUUUUGCCUUCACAAAUCAAGCGUUAUUUGUCAAGUCAAAAGGCUUUUCCUUUGAUACUUAAUGUAUGUCCUCCAAAUAGUCAUGGAUUAGCUUGUUACUUCUAAAGAUAUACAAAAGGGUCGCAUUUCCCCCAGACAAUAACUCCAUCAUUAAAAGGAAAGUCUUUAGACUUUUCAUCCAUUGGUGGGUACUAAAAUUAAAUAUUUUUUGUAAUAUAGCUUUUAUACUCUAUUUCUAGAAACCAGCUAAUUUACAAAACACAGCCUUCAAUUUAACUUAGUUUGAAGGAUUUUUCUGUUUGUAUCAAAAAUGUCAGCAAAAUCAUGAGUGCCAUUCAAAAAUAUGUGCUAAAUAUCUUCUUGAAUUACAUACACUAAAACACACAUUGGUGGAAGAAAAACAUAAGAAUAAUCAAAAAUUAUUUGUCACAGGUAAUGCUGACAUCUUACAACAAACAUAGCUGUGAAAGAAAUUUAGAAAGUGAUUUUGAGAUCUACUGAAAACACUUUCACAUCUCCCCGUUUCAAAAAAACUCAGAGAACUAGGUAACAAAUUUGGGGGUAAAAAUAAAAAACCUUUUGUAUAUCUUAGUCUGUCUUUAGCUGAAUGAUAUCAUAGUACUCCAUUAUUCAAAAGCCAAACCUGGAAAAAAAUUGCACUUCUCACAUUUACAUGGGGUUUCCUUUAAUAUGUGAACAACUGUCUCUUUAAGUUAAAGGAUGUGAUAUCAUUCAUACAAAAUAAAAUCUUGUAUGGGUAAUUUAUACUGACAUGCAUUGUCAGUUCUGAUUUUACCUUUAGGUGUUGACUUGGUAUGUGGUAUAUUUCAGUUUUAAAAUUCUUGUGUUAACACAUUGUCUGUGAUUCUAAUCAUCUUCUUUAUUCUGGCUUGCUUAUGAAAUUUUGUUAGUUAUUUCCAUAAAUCUAGGGUAUAAUUAUGCAAAAAUAUCCUAUUCUGUAUAAGAAGGAACUGUUUUUGAUCAAGUAAAUUUUUUUAAUCAAAACUCUUGCUGUAUAGUAAGCAGGCAUGAUGUGUAAAAUAAACAGUUGAAUAGAA